AUGUUCAAAAAGGCGCUCGCCCACAAGUCAAACGCGACGCCGCUCAAGUCGUCGUCGCGGCGGCAGCUCGUCGCGUCCGUGCUCGAGCAGUAUCCCGCGCUGCGGGACGGCAUCGCGUCAGAGGAAGGAGCGCCGGGCAUCUCAGAGAAGGACCUGGGUCGCGCGCUCGUCCCGGACGGCGUGCGUGUCGCCAAUAUUGAGACGAGCGCCGGUGUCGAGGGGUCUGUGUACCUCAGUCCCGAUGGAGACCCCAUGUGGGUGACCUUUGGCCGUGGCUCGAAGGAGCUCAUCCCGACUCUGUACGCGCUCGCGCAGGACGUGCCCGUUGGCCCCCUGUCGAUUCUCCAGAUCCACCACCCGCUCCCUCCUCCGCUCUUCACCGGCGCGCCGCUCUUCCUCCCGGCCGUGAGGCACAUGGCUACCCCGUGGCGUCUCCCAGACGUCGGCGAGGGGCAGCUGGUUGCACUGGCAGCCGAUACCGCCGGUGAUGGGAACGUGUCGUACGUCGGCGUCGGGCGCGUCGUCGCCAAGGGUGGCCUGCGAGAGGCGCUGGGCCGCCUCAUCCGCCACCGAUCUGAGGGGGUCGACCGCGACGAGGGCAAGUUCUGCGACAUCAUGUGUAUCAUCGACGACCAUCUGUGGGAGAUGGGAUCCAAGCCCCCCCUACGGUCGUUCCCUCUGCCAGCGCCAAAGCAGCCUCUCGCUCCUCCACCUCAGGCGGAGGCGCCUGCUCCGUCUAGCGGGAGCGACGAAGCCGUUGCCGAGGUCGCAGACGGCGUUGAAGAGCUGCAGGUCAAUGCCCCUGUGGACACUGGCGCUCCCCUCACUCCUGCAGAAAUCUCGACUCUGCUUUCUGCUGCUCUCCUCCAGACGCUCUCAACCCUCAACCCCUCGACCCUCCCGCUCCCAUCGUCCCAGUUUUACUCGGCCCGCAUCCUCCCCUCCCGUCCGGCGUACAUCCCCGCAGCGAAGCGCGACGACGUCGUCAUCGGCCGCAGCGAGUGGAAGAAGCUCGCCAAGUGGAUGAAGGAGGCGUCCAAGGACGGCUUGAUAAAGAUCAAGGAGAGCAAGGGCGAGGUGGUCGUGACGGGGUUCGACCCGCAGCACCCCGCCGUCGACGGCCACGCCCAGUUUACGACCGUCGCCGAGGAGGAGGCGAAGACGGCCAAGCGUGCCGCGCGGGAAGCAGCGGCCGCCGAGGCCGAGGCAACAGCGCCUGGCAAGUCGGGCGCGAAGCAGCUGAACAUUGAAGAGCUGUGGCGUCCUGCCGGCUCGGCAACGGUGUUCUGGGAAGCAUGCGGCAUCGAGCAGGGCUCGCUCAACCGUCCCGCGGUCAUCAAGCCCACGUUUGACGACUACAUCACCAAGCACAAGCUCAUCGACGGCAAGGACCACCGCACCAUCGUGCUCGACGACACGCUGGCGUCCGCCAUUGGCGGCAAGGGCUUCAAGAGCGGGGACACGCUCGUACGCGAUGAGGCUGUUAGGCGGCUGCGCGCGGGCGUGACCUGGGCCGUGUCAGUCGGCGGCGUGGUCAAGAAGGGCACGCUCAACCCCAUCAUCAUGUCCGUCAAGACGCGCCAGGGCCGCAAGCAGGUCACCCUCAUUUCCGGCCUCGAGAGCUUUGGCGUCGACAUUGACGACUUUGCCGACGAGCUGCGUCGCGUCUGCGCUGGAAGUGCCAGUGUCCAGCCGCUUACCGGCGCGUCGCCCAAGCUCAACCUCAAAGAGGUGCUCGUUCAGGGCUCGCAGAUCAAGCUCGUCACCGAGGCCCUCCUUAUUCGUGGCAUUCCCAAGCGCUGGAUCAAGGAAGCCGAGGACGCAAAGAAGAGCAAGCGCUAG